UGGAGUAGCGCGAUAAAAAAAUCGAUGAAAAAUCUGAUCAACUCAAUCAGAAUUAUCUUUUUAUUUCGUUAAGAACACAAUUGUUUUAUUGUUUGACACAUGUGGGAAGAGAAAAAUUAGAUAGGUAAAUUGCUGAUUUGUCGGAGAGCUCAUUAUUCGUUACACAACUUACAAGUCCUACAACAUGCGGUGUCGCGUUAAUCCUAACCUAACCUAAUCUUACGAUCGCUCGUCGAUCUCUAAUGACUUAACCUCAAAUCUUGUGGCUGUAAAGUUUGAGAAGAGAAAGAUAUAGAAAGGAUUAAUUUCCUUCGUUUUCACAAAUUGGCAUCAUGAAUUCUUUGGCAAGGAUUUCGCGUAGAUCAAUUAAUGUUUUGAGGUCAGAUUUCGUUAUACACAUACCGAAGAUACGACGAGAGUAUUCGAAAUAACCUGGAAAUAUUGAAAAAAAAUUGUGCCAGGAGUUGAUGAUACGGUUGCAAUCGACAGCCACAACGCCAACCUCGUCCUCGGAUAUUCAUAUUCCAAACAGGAUAGAACGCGGUCCGACAGAUAUUCUUAAGGCUUUGGAAAGUACAAUAUCUAGGGAUUAUAUGGCGCCACAUUAUAAGUUUCAUGACGAUCCUUACUUGACGCCGCAGUCAAUCUUGCUCAAACGCACGUACGCUUUGGCGAAGGAGUCUGGAAAGAAGGCUGCAAUGUGGAUUCGUGAAGAACACCGCGAUUUAUUUCAGCAUAAAGUAGCAGAACCUGAAAUUAAGGCAUUCGUACCGCCUCCCAUUUACACAGAGGAAAGUAAAGUGACAGAAGAAACAUUAUUGUAUGAGAUAUCAAAUGGUCAUGUUGCCAAUUCUAUCGCGAUAUAUGAUUUGUUAAAAGGUGAGAUAACAGUAUCAACGAAACAGGCACUCUUAGAAUUGUUGUGCUUUUAUAAUAAUAUUGAAAAGAUCAACGACGAAUUACUGGAAUCUAAUUGGUAUAAAUUGAAUCGUCAGAGUAAAAAGAACAAAUGGAUAAAUUAUCCUCAAAUCGAUGUACUGUUCGGAUUUCUGAAAGAACAAGAACCCACAGUAGCAGCGGCUGCAUAUACUGCGAUGAUAUGUGGUUUGGCUAAACAUUUCAGUCCGGAAAAGGCUUGGUACUUGUAUGAUGAAAGUCAAGGAAAAAGUAUACCGUUAUCCAUUGAUGGAUACAAUGCUAUAAUAUCGAUGGCACCAGAGCUAAAAGAAAAGGAUAAAUCAAAAUCAUUGAUAAUGGACAUAUACAGAGCAAUGGCUGCAAACGGGAUCACUCCAAACAUACAAACUUUUAAUGGCGUUCUUAAUGUAGCAACUACUAUGAAAUCGAAUCAAACAGCUCUAGAUUUUACAUGCAACAUACUCGCCGAUAUCAAGAAAUUUGAAUUGAAGCCGUCGUUAACUACAUAUUAUUAUCUACUGCGAAUUUUAAGUAGAUUCGGUGACGCAUCGUAUAGCAGCUUUAUGAAAAUCUUAGAGUCUUUGAAAAAGGAGACCCUUACUAUGCAAAAUGAGAAGGAUUUACAUUUCUUCGUUACCGCGAUGGAAAUGGCAUCUUAUCAGUUCUGUAAUCGUGAAGCAGGUGAAAUGGUGAACGAGCUUCUUCUCACCGGUGAAAAUUACAAGUUCAUCGGUGACAAUUUUAAAGAACAUACGUAUUACCGAAUGUAUUUGGAGUUAAUUUUGGCAACGGAAGAAAUUGAGACAUUCUUCAAGCUCUACAGCAAGUUUGUACCUCACGUGACUAUACCGGAACCUGCCGUGAUGGGUACUAUAUUGGAAGCUCUUAAAUUACAUCCCGCGGAGACCGCCACGCAAUAUAUACCAAAACUCUGGUCGCACAUGAUCAUGUUCGGUCAUCUGGACAGGGAAGAGUUAUUGGAGAAUAUAUUGCACUUGAUGAGCGUACAUUGUAAACCCGCACCUGAUUCUCCGUUAAAUACGCAAUUUGCAGAGAUGGCGCUUACUGUCUGGGAUCAUAUACAAACUCAGAAUACUAAAAGGGUAAGGCACUUCUUGGUGUCCAACACAGUGGCGGGCAAUAUUAUAAUGUUGCUGCUACGUGGAAAUAAUUUUGACAAAGCAGUAGAAAUUAUAUCGUCAUUGGUCCGUUCGCCGCACUUAAUUAAAAAUAACGACACCCUUGCCACGGAGCAUAUAAACGAAAUAUUCGAACUGUGUUUAGCACAAGCACACGUGCCGGCAAUUUUCACACUCCUGGAAUACGUCACUGUCCACAAUCUAGACGGAGCCGGAGAAAUGGCUGGAAAGUUGUACAAAACCGUAUCCCUUACCUCCAACCAGAAAAAUAUAUUAGCCAGCUUAGUGGGUAACGAUGUUCUCCAAUUACAGAUCUCCGAUGAGAAUUAGUUCUUCGAAAAAAAAUUUGUAUUAUAAAAUAUAGAAAAUAUAGAAAUCUUUUUAAAAAUA